AUGCCCGAUACAUUCACAGGCUGGGUCGCGCACGACCCAAAAUCCCCCCUCACCCACGAACCCUUCACCCCGAAACCCUUUGAAGAAACCGACAUCGAAGUCCAAAUCUCCCACUGCGGCAUCUGCGGCAGCGACGUCCACACAAUCCGCUCCGGCUGGGCCCCAGCAGACUAUCCCUGCGUCGUCGGACACGAGAUUGUCGGCACGGCAACCCGCAUCGGCAGCGCCAUCCCAUCAUCCAAGAACAUCAAACUUGGCGACCGCGUCGGCAUAGGCGCGCAAUGCUCCGCAUGCCUGCGCCCAGACUGCGAGGCCUGCGCUGACAAUGAGGAGUCCUACUGUCCCAAAAUGGUGGGCACGUACAACUCGCGCUAUCCCGACGGGAGUAAGGCCUACGGCGGGUACGCGAAUCGGUGGCGCGGCCCGGGGCACUUUGUCUUUCGCAUUCCGGAGAAGCUAAGCAGUGAAGAGGCAGCGCCGUUGCUCUGUGGUGGUGUUACGGUUUUUGCGCCGUUGAGGCGCUUCGGUGCGGGACCCGGGAAGAGGGUUGGGAUUGUAGGGAUUGGAGGAUUAGGUCAUAUGGGUCUGUUAUUUGCGAAGGCGAUGGGGAGUGAUGCCGUGGUAGCGAUUUCGCGGUCGUCGGCGAAGAAGAGUGAUGCGGUGGGCUCAACGCCGGGUAGUCUGGGCGCGGAUGACUUCAUUGCGACGGGGGAGGAUAAGACCUGGGCGAAGAAGCAUGCGCGGUCACUGGAUUUGAUUAUCUGCACUGUCUCUGGGGAGAAUAUGCCGCUGGCGGGAUACUUGAGACUUUUGAAGCGGAAUGGUGUGUUUGUGCAGGUUGGGGCACCGGAGGAGCCAUUGCCGCCGUUGCGGGCGUUCUCGUUGAUUCAGAAGGGCGUUAAGCUGACGGGGUCGACGAUUGGGUCUCCUGAGGAUAUUCGCGUGAUGCUGGAACUGGCUGCUGAGAAGGGCGUGAAGCCGUGGGUGCAGACGAGGCCGAUGGAGGAGGUCAACCUCGCUUUGGCGGACAUGCACGAGGGGAGGGCCAGGUAUCGGUAUGUCUUGGAGAAUGCGAAGAAGACGGGGAAAUUGUAA